GAGAUGAGCGCCGCCUGUUUCGCUACACCCUACACGGCGAACACAGAAGCGUAAUCGACUGAAGGACGAAAAUUCUGAACAGGUGGGGUUAAAAAUGAUGUUUUCUCUGUCUGCUGGAGUCAACACCUGGAUAUCAGUGUAACUGUGGCCCAGUCCUGGCUAGAGCACGGGCUACAGCAGGGAAGUCUGUACAGUCAACCAUACCCAAUUCCUGUUUACUAAAGUUUCUUUCAUAAGUGCCCACAACAAACUGUUUGCGCCAUGGAUGUGAAAGUGGACAUGGAGCCAAGAGCUGAUGCUGAUAGUAAAAUGCUUAACGGCCACGGUGAUGCUUCGGAGGAUGAUGACCAGUACUCUGUAUGUCCGAAAGUAUCGCGUACCAGCCCACGUGACACCGAGAUGGCCGGCGAAGGUGACACAGACACCGGGGCUGAAACCAAGUGUUCGGCUUGCUUCAGACGCACAGAGAAAGUGUACGACCGUCUACGCUCAGCUCUUGUCCGCCACAAGCCGCUAUUGUUCAGAGGCGUUAUGAUAGUCUUCGCACUACUGUGGGUGGUUUACCUCAUAUUCGCAAUUAUCAUUCGGCGGGAUAAGGCCGUACCCAUCUUGAUAUUGUCCAUAUGCGUGCUCCUGGUGUUCGGCUGGAAACAGUUUAGAAGACUGGUGGGUGAUAAGAUUGUAAGGGAACUUAAAGCUCACUGUGUGUGUGAGGACAGGACGAAACUGUGGGUAAAGAGAUGCGUUCUGUGCCUCUUAGUUGUCGGCUUACUAAUUUUUAUUGUCGCAGAUACUGGGCGUCACGUGGAAAACAUAACCUCACUAGCUGGACUGGUUGUGUUUGUUCUUAUUGUGUUUAUCACCUCUACCAAUCCCUUUAAGGUUAAAUGGCGGCCUGUACUCUGGGGACUGGGCCUUCAGUUUGUUAUGGGGCUCAUCAUACUGAGGUGGGACAAGGGUUAUCAGGCCUUCAGCUUUCUGGGGGAGCAAGUCAAAACCUUUCUGGAAUAUGCUGACGCCGGGUCCAAGUUUGUCUUUGGCCCGGAAACCUAUCUGCUACACCCUGUAGCAUUCAAGGUUUUGCCAGUGGUAGUGUUUUUCAGCGCUGUUAACUCGGCGCUACAUUACUGGGGGGUAAUACAGUGCGUGGUAGAGACCUUGGCCUGGAUUCUCCAGUACACAUUGAACACCACGCCCAUAGAAUCGCUGGCCGGAGCUGCCCAUAUAUUUGUAGGCCAGUUGGAAUCCAGCUUAAUGCUGAAACCCUUCCUACCGAAGCUGACCGUGUCAGAACUACACGCAGUCAUGACAACCGGAUUCGCUACCAUUGCAGGCACUGUUGUGGCGGCCUAUAUCGAGUUUGGAGCAGAAGCCGAGCACCUGUUGGCGGCAUCCUUCAUGUCCGGCCCAGCAGCGCUUGCGCUCUCCAAACUCAGCUUCCCGGAAACGGAGCAGUCUCAGACCAAAUCCAAGAAGGACGUUAAACUUCCCAGAGGGCAGCAGAGAAACGUGGUAGAGGCCGCCUCGGAGGGAGCCGCCAAUGCUGUGAAGCUGAUAGCGUACAUUGUGGUCAAUAUCAUUGCCUUUUUGUCCAUUUUGGAGUUUAUCAACGCCAUUCUCACCUACCUGGGGAACAAUGUUGGUAUCCACAACCUCAGUUUUCAGAUGAUUUGUUCAUACGUGUUCAUGCCGGUAGCAGCCGUGAUGGGGGUACCGUGGGAAGACACCAGCAAAGUGGGAGCUCUCAUAGGAACAAAGGUUUUCAUCAAUGAGUUCGUGGGGUACGCACAGCUAGGCCCCAUGAUCAGAAGUGGAGAAAUACAGAAGCGUACCGGUGUGAUCGCCACGUACAUCCUGUGUGGUUUUGGCAGUAUUCAGAGUCUGGGCAUCGCCCUGGGCGGGUAUUCCGCCGUGGCACCCUCACGACGCAGUGACGUAGCCGGUCACAUGGUGCGCGCCCUCGUUCUGGGUAAUCUCGCGUGCUUCACCACCGCGUGCAUGGCAGGAAUGCUGUACCACGACCAAGUGGAUGUCAUGGGGUAUAGUGGAAAUGCCACUUACCUUUUAAAUUCAACGAUGCCAUAAAUGACAAGAUGGUUGAAUAUAUGGCUGUUUUUCUGCGAUAUCUGACAACAUGGAAACUACAAUUUUAACGAACAUGUGAAAUACGGCUGUACAUCUCCACCGUAUAUGAGAACAUCUGAGAUACGACACUACAUCUCUACCAUGACUGACAAUAACUGAGAUACGACACUACAUCUCCACCAUCACUGACAACAUGUGAGAUACGGCAGUACAUCUUUACCAUAACUGGCAACAUCUGACAUACGGCAUUACAGCCCUACCAUAACUGACAUCUGAGAUACGACAGUGUAUUUCUACCAUCACUGACAACAUCUCAGACAUGACUGUACAUCUCUAGUAUGACUGAAAUCUGUACUAUAACUGACAUCUGAUAUACGACUGUCUUACCAUGACUGACAUGUUCUGAGAUACGACUGUACAGCUUUACCAUAACUGACAACAUCUGAGAUACGAUGUAUAUCUCUACCAUUACUGACUACAUCUGAGAUAUUACAGUAUAUCUCUACCAUUACUGACAGCAUAUAUGGCAGUACGUCUCUAUCACAACUGACAUCUGCGAUACCUCAGUACACCUCUACCUUAAUUGACAUCAUCCAACGGCAGUACAUCUCUGCCAUAGUUGACAAGAUCUGAGAUAUCUCUAUCGACUGUGCAUCUCUAUCAUAACUGACAUCUGAGAUACGACUGUAUAUCUCUACCAUACAUGACAACAUUUUUAUUAUUAAAUACUCAGAAAGAUGAUUUGAUACUUAUGGGUUUUUUUUUUCAUUGUAUGAAUGAUCAA